AUGGCGCUGCGAUUCCUUCUAUUGAGUGCGAUACUUGCAAUCACGAAUGCUCAGCAGAAUGUUGGAGACCCCAUUGAUGACUUUUGUCGGCGUCACCAGCAUCAGACAUGCAUAAUCGAUUCCAAAUUGUACAUAGACGGUGGCAAGGUGUACUAUGGAGGAUCUGUGGACAACGGGAGCGUCGCCGAGCAAAACACUCGACUCUUGUGGGAGUAUGUUGUAGACACCAACAACGAAUACAAGUUUCCGGUCCAGUACGACAAUUUGACCAAGGACCCAGAAGUACCGUCUGUAAGCGGUGGAGUUCUAUGGCCCGACUCUACGAACAAACUCUUUUAUCUAUUCGGUGGCGAGUAUGACAACUCGGAUAACGUACAAUCUUUCACUACCUUGUGGCUUUAUGACAUCUUGUACAAUACCUGGAAUCGCUCCCGAUCUUCCGACAGCUCCCUUACAGACAUCAAGUGGCCAUCUCUUGGUGCAGGUACCGUCACGGACACCGGAACCGCUUAUUACUAUGGUGGCUACCUAAGCAAUCUGUCCAUGCCAAAGUGGAGUGGCGAUCGUCUCAUGCUGAAUUCACUGACUUCUUUUGACAUGGACACUCGAACCUGGAAAAACAGCACUCAUGAUCAGACACCACGAGCAGAAGGAUCACUCCAUUUCAUUCCAGCCUCGGACACAGGCAUGCUUGUAUAUUUUGGGGGCUUGGAGAUUGAGAAUGGCAUCACCGGCUAUGCAAACAUGAGUGAAAUUCAGGUUUUCGACAUUGCCAACAAUAGGUGGUUCACUCAGACGGCCACUGGAGACGUCCCUUCACCAAGACGUGGGUUCUGCGCAGACGUGGUUUGGGCCAAAGACAGGUCAUCCUAUAACUUCUAUGUUUAUGGGGGGAUUGCCUCCAACGAGCAGGCAUUCGAUGAGCUGUACAUUCUUACUCUGCCCUCAUUUCAGUGGACAUUGAUAUAUCCAAGUUCUAUUCCGAAUUACUUCGGGGGCAAAACUGGAAUGUCUUGCAACGUGAUCCGAGAGUCACAGAUGCUCAUUAUCGGCGGACAGAUCUCGAAUGCCUCAUUGACAGGAUGUGACGUUCCAAAGAUCGGUGGGCAGCACGGUCUUCUUCUAGGACAGGAGGCCGUGGAGCAAGGGGUUUGGUGGCAUGGAGUACAGGACAACACUACAGGUUACAGAGUACCUGAUACAAUUAUCUCUCUUAUCGGCGGCAACACUGAUGGAGAUGCGACGGCAACAGCCCCAGCAUCAGGCUUCGCAGUCAGCGAUCUGUCAGUUUACUUCGGCAGAACAGCCUCCGCAACACCACGAACAGCAUCGAGGCCCAUCCCAACCGCAACUGAGUCCCCAACACCACAACCACCAUCAAAAUCAAACAAAGGGGCGAUAGCAGGAGGUGUCGUCGGCGGCGUCGUUGGUCUCGUCGCCAUCAUCGGCCUCAUCGUCUUCUGUCUCCGUCGCAGACGCCACACGCCUUCCCCAGCCCGCGCCGAACUCGCCCCCAACCCCGCCUCUCACAACAGCCCAGCCCUAGUGCAGAAGCCAGGCGCAAGCUACUCUGCGCACGCAAACUCUAUGCAUUCGCCUAUGGCAGAAGCACCUGCAUACUCGCCGCAGGCCUCGUCGCCCGGCUCGCAUUCCUGGGCUGAGCACGCGCCCUUCUACCCGGGCGUGGUGCAGCCGCAGCACGGCGCAUAUGGCCAACCGCUACCGCAGCCAUAUUAUCCGCCGCCUCCUGAGGCAGGGUUGGAGCCGGGUAAGCAGGGUGGACCGCUGGGUGUGAGCCAUGAGCUGCGGAGCACGGGCACGCCGGCGAUUUCAGAGUUGCCGCUUCUACAGAGUCCAGUCCCGAAACGAGUUGGAUAGAAGAGGAGUGUGAAGGUGAGAAGACUGAGUUGGAAAUGGUGCAAAAUAGUCCUGAUUCGCUGGCGGGAUUCUGUGAUACACAUCCUCGUUGAGGUCGGGGAACGAAGGAGGGACCCUAUCCG